AGGCCGCGGGGGGCGGGUGGGGCACUCGUCAGGUGGCUGCCUCCUCUUGCUCUUGGUACCGCGCUUGGAGGCUUCGCGAUGCCGACCGUCGUUGCCGCCGCCGCCGCCACUGGUGGUGCCUCGGCGGCGAGCGCCAAAGGCGCCAUCUCCAAGAAGGGCUCGAAGAAGACGGCCAUGAAGAUGAGCCGCAAGGGCGACAAGAAGCACAGGAAGGCCAGGAAGGAGAGCUACAGCGCCUACAUCUACAAGGUGCUGAAGCAGGUGCACCCGGACACGGGCAUCUCCUCCAAGGCCAUGAGCGUCAGCAACUCCUUCGUCAACGACAUCUUCGAGCGCAUCGCCUCCGAGGCCUCCCGCCUGGUGCACUACACCCGCCGCCAGACCAUCUCCUCCCGGGAGAUCCAGAGCGCCGUCCGCCUGCUGCUGCCCGGAGAACUGGCCAAACACGCCGUCUCGGAGGGGACGAAAGCGGUCACCAAAUACACCAACUCCUCCAAGUAGAUCCGUUCUCCCCUCUCCAUCAAAAGCUGCGACGAGACCGUCAAACGGCUCUUUUAAGAGCCACUUAAACUUUUUAGACUGGGCUAUAAUAGAUUUGCAGCCGUCAAUCGAAUUGGAUACAUGUGAUACUUUUAUCCAUUGGAUACAUGAUACAAAUGAAAACCAAAAUAUUUAACAUUGCAAAAUGGUGGAGACAGGAUUGAAUCAAAUUCAAAUUGCAUGAAUUUCAAUCUAAAUUCAAAAUCUGUAUUUAAAAGGACUAUUGUAUUAUAUGAUACAAAUGAAAACCAAAAUAUUUAACAUUGCAAAAUGGUGGAGACGGGAUUGAAUCAAAUUCAAAUUGAUUGAAUUUCAAUUUAAAUUCAAAAUCUGAAUGUAAAUGGACUAUUGAAAUAAACCCUACCCAAUAAAAAAAUAUACCCAGAUAUUUGGAAUUUUGUCUUGGUAUUGCUUUUGCAACACUUAAAAUAAGCCCUACCCAAUAAAAAAAUAUACCCAGAGAUUUUGAAUGAUGUAUUGGUAUCUUUGGUAUUGAUUUAGAAGCAUCAUAAUUGUAAUAAAAUUAAAAAAUCUGGGCGGCGCAGUGGCUGAGUUGCUGCCUCACAAUAGACAAUGGACAAUAGACAACAGGUGCAGGAGGAGACCGUUCGGCCCUUCGAGCCAGCACAGCCAUUCAA